AUGGUUGCCUUUUCGUUCCUCAGAGGCGUCUUUCUCGCCCGCGCUCUUGCAAGUUCCCCAGCUGCAACCGGCGGCGCUCUUCUCCCCGUUCGGUCAGCAUCACCAACCUCAGGCUCUGUCAAUACAUACCUCCCCAUUGAAGACAUCUCUCCGAUCAACAUCCCCGCUGACCCCGAGGAUGGGAUUCGAGACGGACCUGAAAACUUGAGACUACGACUUGUAGUCCCGUCUCCGCCAACUCCAGAGAUGCCGGCUCUGGUCAAUCGAUCCCUGCACCUCAACGGGCAAGACUGGUACUUGACGGAAUUGUUCAUGACACCAGAUAAUGCUGCCACUUUCCCCAAUUAUACCGCAACAUCAUACAGAUGGUAUGAUGGCCGCCUCCCCAAUCCAUUUUUCGACGGCUUCCUGAUGUCGAAUUUGACCCUCCCUUCUCUUGAGAGUACUAUGCGCAACUCUCCUCACGACGCGUUCUGGAUCGACUGUUUCAGCAUUCCUGCCGAACCGCCGCUGAAGGGCAAGAUCUUGGACCUGCUGCCAAACAUCUUCAGCGCUGCAAGUGAGGUCAUUGUCCCACUCGGUCUUAAUUCACGGAGCACACUGCCCCUGAUUGCGGGCAACGCCGACCUCACCAACACACCCGCUGCUGACCUGGAGGCUGCGAUACUUGAUAUUGAUCAGGAACAGUGGGUGAGGAGCAUUUGGACAUAUAAGGAGUCAAUGAACGCGAAGCGUUACAUAUUUACUGAUCGCUCGUGGACUGAUGGCGCCGCUGCAUCAACCAACGAGCCCCAGGUCGCAGAUAUCCAGUUCUUCAAACGGGUUGCGGAGGGCUUGAUGAUCUACUCGAAAUCACAGAACUGGACUGACUAUGAAACUUUUGAAAAACUGCCCAACGUUGAUGGGUUGGUCAACAUCGGCCUUGACAGGCAGCUUAGCGGUGCGACAUAUUCAAGGUCUGUGUUCCAGUCUCUCAGCUCUCUCGACCGCCGCUUUGUCGAGAGCGACAAGAACUUUUUCUGGGGGUUAUAUGGCGCCAUCACGGAGCAAGCAGUCCCUGAAGGCCGCAGUUCUACUCUCUCGGACUUAUAUGGAUUCUUCUUUGAAGUCUGUGAGACGAAGAACGACUUCUCUUUCAUAUAUACCACAGCUGAGCGGUCGACCAUACCUGGGAAGACCUUCUAUCCCGCGCAAGGCCAAAUUCACUCAAUCUUGACGUGGGCAACCGAUGGGAACUACCAAACUGCAAAUAUUACUGAUGAGGGGAUCAAACUUGACGGCAUGGUCACUCUUGAACAGAAGACUGCCCUCGGCCAGCGUGGCCAGAAUUUUAUUGCGGACUGGUUCGCCUCAGGCAUCCCCGAAAACGCUGGGAACGGCGGCAAUGCCUCAGUUGUUAGCAAGGUACUCAAGAUCAUCCAGAUGAUUGGUUUUACCGGAAGCGGGGAUCCCAUAUUCACCGAAGACGGUAUAUUCUUCCCGCAAUGGGUCGUUCCCAGCAGCAACGCCGUUGAUAUACCCACAGUCUUAGUGACCUCCCAGCUUGGGUGGCCGUUUGGAAGCCCUGGUUUCGCAAAGGUGAAGGGCCAAUACGUGCCUGGUGCAUUCAUCGGGCACGUUGCGGCCCAGGAAGCAAGAACGAUUCUUAUGUGA